AAUAAUAUUAAAAAAAUGAGACAAGAAGAUUUAGAGGAGAUAAAGAAGAUAGAGCAGCAGUGGAGAUGGUCUGAAAUCGAAGACCUCGAACUCGCUGUGUCAGCUCAGUCAGAUAUUACCCCAUCUGACAACAACCACCAUUCUUCUUCUUCUAUUAAAGCUCCCAACCACAUUAACAUCCACACUUCAACUGCACCUACUGCAGGAACCCCCACUGCAGAGGUCAAACCAGUACAAUUAGAUUUUCCGUCGCCGGAGAUGGAGGUUUCGACCUCUGAUGGGAAGAAAGACGGCGUUGGAGAGCCGGAGAAGCCGGUAUCGCCGCCGUCAGUCGGGAUUGGGGAGCUGUUCAGGUUUGCAGAUGGGCUGGACUAUUUUCUGAUGACGGUUGGUACAGUUGGAGCGGUUGUUCAUGGGAGCUCGUUGCCUCUGUUCCUUAGAUUCUUUGCUGAUCUUGUUAAUUCUUUUGGCUCCAAUGCUGAUAAUCUCGAUAAGAUGACUCAAGAAGUUUUGAAGUAUGCGUUUUACUUUCUUGUUGUGGGAGCUGCGAUAUGGGCUUCUUCAUGGGCAGAGAUAUCGUGCUGGAUGUGGACCGGAGAGAGACAAUCGACGAAGAUGAGGAUCAAAUAUUUAGAAGCUGCUUUGAAUCAAGAUAUUCAGUACUUCGACACCGAUGUUCGUACAUCCGACGUUGUUUUUGCCAUUAACACCGAUGCCGUUAUGGUCCAAGACGCCAUUAGCGUAAAGUUGGGAAACUUCUUGCACUACAUGGCGACAUUUGUGUCCGGAUUUGUUGUCGGUUUUACGGCGGUGUGGCAGUUAGCACUGGUCACUCUAGCGGUGGUGCCGCUCAUAGCGAUAAUCGGAGGCAUCCACACCACCACAUUAGCCAAACUUUCCGGCAAGAGCCAAGAUGCUCUAUCUCAAGCUGGAAAUAUAGCUGAACAGACAAUAGCUCAAAUUCGAACCGUGUUAGCAUACGUCGGCGAAUCGAGAGCAUUACAAUCGUAUUCUUCGUCUCUAAGAGUAGCCCAGAAAAUCGGAUACAAAAUCGGAUUAGCCAAAGGAUUGGGAUUAGGAGCAACUUAUUUCACAGUCUUUUGCUGCUACGCACUUCUCCUAUGGUACGGCGGUUACUUAGUUCGGCACCAUUUCACUAAUGGCGGUCUCGCAAUUUCGACAAUGUUCGCCGUCAUGAUCGGUGGGCUGGCUUUGGGGCAAUCAGCUCCAAGUAUGGCUGCAUUUGCAAAGGCAAAAGUUGCAGCGGCAAAAAUCUACCAAAUUAUCGACCACAAACCGAGCGUAGACAGAAAUAACGAAUCGGGUUUGGAGUUAGAAACCAUAACCGGACAAUUAAAUCUCCAAAACAUCGACUUUUCGUACCCUUCGAGACCGGAUAUUCAAAUCCUCAACAACUUUUCGCUCUCUGUUCCAGCCGGAAAAACGAUAGCUUUAGUCGGAAGCAGCGGCUCUGGUAAAAGUACGGUUGUGUCCCUCAUCGAGAGAUUCUAUGAUCCUGCUUCAGGACAAGUAAUGCUGGAUGGGCAUGAUAUAAAAACAUUUAAAUUGAAAUGGCUGAGGCAGCAAAUCGGGCUUGUGAGCCAAGAACCGGCACUUUUCGCGACGACGAUUAAAGAAAAUAUAUUAUUAGGUAGGCCCGACGCGAGUUCGAUCGAAGUCGAAGAAGCCGCAAGAGUUGCUAAUGCUCAUUCAUUCAUUGUUAAACUCCCAGAUGGAUAUGAUACUCAGGUAGGUGACCGAGGUUUGCAGCUCUCGGGCGGGCAAAAACAGAGAAUUGCUAUUGCCAGAGCAAUGCUGAAGAAUCCAGCUAUUCUGUUAUUGGACGAAGCGACUAGUGCAUUGGAUUCCGAAUCGGAGAAGCUCGUGCAAGAGGCACUUGACCGUUUCAUGAUCGGAAGAACUACACUAGUGAUUGCGCAUCGACUGUCCACAAUCCGAAAAGCUGACCUCGUCGCUGUACUCCAGCAAGGCAGCGUGUCGGAAAUCGGGACCCACGAUGACCUCAUCGCUCGAGGCGAAAAUAGCGUCUACGCUAAGCUAAUCCGAAUGCAAGAAGCAGCUCACGAAGCUUCUAUUACUAAUUCUCGAAAGAGCAGCGCAAGGCCUUCAAGUGCAAGAAACUCAGUGAGUUCACCGAUAAUCACACGGAACUCAUCGUACGGCCGAUCGCCGUACUCAAGAAGAUUAUCUGAUUUCUCCACGUCCGAUUUCAGCCUCUCACUAGACACAGCAUACCCUAAUUACCGCCACGAGAAGCUCGCCUUCAAAGAGCAGGCGAGCUCGUUUUUACGUCUCGCGAAAAUGAAUUCUCCCGAGUGGGUCCACGCUCUAAUCGGCUCCAUAGGCUCCGUUAUUUGCGGCUCUCUAAGCGCGUUCUUCGCGUACGUACUAAGUGCAGUUCUCAGCGUGUACUACAAUCCAGACCACAAGUUCAUGAUUAAAGAAAUCGCGAAAUAUUGCUAUUUACUCAUCGGAGUUUCUUCGGCGGCACUUAUAUUCAACACGUUGCAGCACUAUUUUUGGGAUACCGUCGGAGAGAAUCUGACGAAGCGCGUGAGAGAGAAGAUGCUCGAGGCUGUGCUGAAAAACGAGAUGGCAUGGUUCGAUCAAGAGGAGAAUGAGAGCUCUAGGGUUUCCGCCAGGCUGGCGCUCGAUGCCAAUAAUGUGCGAUCGGCAAUCGGAGAUAGAAUUUCCGUUAUAAUGCAGAACUCCGCUCUUAUGUUGGUUGCAUGCACAGCUGGUUUUGUUCUUCAAUGGCGCCUCGCUCUAGUUCUUGUCGCCGUUUUUCCCGUCGUUGUCGCUGCUACCGUUCUGCAGAAAAUGUUCAUGACCGGAUUUUCCGGCGACCUAGAGGCGGCGCACGCUAAGGCGACACAGCUGGCGGGGGAAGCGGUGGCCAAUAUGAGGACUGUCGCUGCCUUCAAUUCGGAGGCGAAAAUCGUCGGACUUUUCACGUCGAGCCUGCAAACUCCGCUCCGCCGUUGCUUUUGGAAGGGGCAAAUAGCCGGAAGCGGUUACGGGAUCGCGCAAUUCUUGCUCUACGCCUCAUACGCAUUAGGGUUGUGGUACGCCUCCUGGCUCGUGAAGCACGGAAUCUCCGAUUUCUCGAGCACGAUCCGCGUCUUCAUGGUCCUCAUGGUUUCUGCCAACGGUGCCGCCGAAACUUUAACCCUCGCCCCCGAUUUCAUCAAGGGUGGCCGUGCAAUGCGCUCCGUUUUCGACCUAAUCGACCGGAAAACCGAAAUCGAGCCGGAUGAUCAAGACUCUGCCCCUCUCCCCGACCGCCUACGCGGCGAGGUGGAAUUCAAGCACGUCGACUUCUCGUACCCGGCCCGGCCCGACGUACUGAUCUUCCGUGACUUGAGCCUUCGGGCCCGGGCUGGGAAGACGCUGGCCCUCGUGGGGCCCAGCGGGUCUGGCAAAAGCUCGGUCGUCUCUCUUAUACAGAGAUUCUACGAGCCCUCGUCCGGACGUGUGAUGAUUGACGGGAAGGACAUUCGAAAGUACAAUUUGAAGUCGCUGAGACGCCACAUGGCGGUGGUCCCACAGGAGCCAUGCCUAUUCGCCACCACGAUCUACGACAACAUAUCCUACGGCCACGAAUCUGCCACCGAGGCAGAGAUUAUCGAGCCGGCGACACUAGCAAACGCCCAUAAGUUCAUAUCCUCCUUGCCGGACGGGUACAAAACGUUCGUCGGGGAAAGAGGGGUACAAUUGUCCGGAGGGCAAAAGCAACGGGUGGCAAUAGCACGUGCUUUCUUGAGAAAACCGGAGAUAAUGUUGCUAGACGAAGCCACGAGCGCCCUCGAUGCGGAAUCGGAGAGGUGCAUACAGGAGGCCCUCGAGCGGGCUUGUGCGGGAAAAACAACAAUCGUGAUCGCGCAUAGAUUAUCGACAAUCAGAAACGCGCACGUGAUUGCGGUUCUUGAUGACGGGAAAGUAGCGGAACAGGGCUCGCAUUCCCAUCUAGUGAAGAAUUAUCCAGAUGGAAUAUACGCACGGAUGACGCAGUUGCAGAGAUUCGGUAAUGCGCAACAAGGUGUGAAUACACCGGGAUCAAGUUCUUCCGCACAUUGAUAGAUUCUCGAAUGAUUUUUUUUUCGUUUUUUCGUUUUUUCGUUUUUGUUUAUAUUAUUGAUAUAGUAUAGGCAUGUGGAUUAUCUAAUCAUAUCAUCAAAAUUUUCUUUAUAAAUCUGGAGGUUAUAAACAUUCA